AUGAAGAACAACAACAACGGCAAUGGCAACACAAAGCUCAUCCUCCUCCACCCUUACAUCCAAAAGCAAGCUGCCACCUCAUCCAACCGCCUCUGGCUCCUCGCCGUCCUCUCCUUCUUCACCAUCGCCUUCCUCCUCACCCUCAUCUACACGCGCGACGACCCCGCCACGCUCCGCUCCCCGCCGAGAUCCUCCUCCACGGAGGAGGAGGCAACAACCGCCGCACUCCUCCCCGUCCCGCCGCCGCUCCCGACGAGCGUGAUCAACACGCUCGUCCACUACGCGUCCCGCUCCAACGACACCUUCCACAUGUCCCACGCGGAGCUGAAGUCGGUCUCCGACGUCCUCCGCAAGUGCUCCCACCCUUGCAACCUCCUCGUCUUCGGCCUCACCCACGAGACGCUGCUCUGGAACUCCCUCAACCACCGCGGCCGCACCGUCGUCGUCGAGGAGAACCGCUACUACGCGGCCUACUUCGAGGAGCUCCACCCGGACGUCGACGUGUUCGACGUCCAGUACGCCACGCGGGCCGCCGAGCUGGGCGAGCUCCUCGCCUCGGCCAAGGAGCUCGUCCGGCAGGAGUGCCGGCCCGUGCAGAACCUGCUCUUCUCCGAGUGCAGGCUCGGGAUCAACGACCUGCCCAACCACGUGUACGACGUGGAUUGGGACGUCAUCCUCGUGGACGGGCCACGUGGCGAGGGCCCCGACGCGCCCGGGAGGAUGAUGUCGAUUUUCACGGCCGGUGUGCUGGCGAGGAGCAGGAAGGGAGGUGGCGGGAAGACGCAUGUUUUCGUACACGAUUAUUAUAGGGACGUGGAGAGGGUCUGUGGGGACGAGUUUCUGUGUCGGGAGAAUUUGGUGGAGGUGACGAACGGGAUGUUGGCGCAUUUUGUGGUGGAGAGGAUGGACAAGGAUAGCUUCCAGUUCUGCCGGGAACGGAACGGGACGGCGGCGAAGAGAUCGGGUUGA